ACGUUAAAUGUGGCGACAUCUGGCAUCAAGAACAGCUGAGCGAGCGUCUGGGUGCUCAGUAAGAGAAGGAAGUGAAGGAGCAGCAUCUAGCUCAGUGGCCGCUCAGUAUUGAUUUGCUCUCUGUGUGAAUUCAGCUUGACGUGAGAAUUAUUUAUACUGUAUUAAAAGAAAAAUGUUGGCCAACCUUACAUCGCUUAUCUGGGGAAGUGAAAAUACUCCUGUUACUGCUGCAGCCAUCACCACAGACACCACUUCUUCCUUAGACCUCAUCAGCACUAAAGAUAACUAUGAAGAGUCACCAGAAGGGUUCAGCAAAUUCAGCAUCAGAGCCACAACACCGACAGAUGAGGAGGAAGCAGACUGGGUGUUAGUUGACAGAACAGAGGUUGGCGAGGCAAGUUGUGGUGGUGUGGAGUCGAUAACAAGUGCCACAGUCGCUGCCCCCUCAAUAUUCACCACCACUACACCAUCAAGAACAGCAACCUUCACGCCAGCACCAUCAGUUACUCAGGGAGGAGAAUGGAGUGAUGGUGGGACACAAGGCUGGCUCAUGACCCCUCCACCAUGCUUCACACGCUCACAGGCAGCUCCUCUAGCUUCUUCACCUUUAGAAAACCUACUGAUAGAGCAUCCAAGCAUGUCAGUUUACAUGCCACGCCCCACCUUCAGUAGCGCUGCCGCCACAAGAAUAUUUCCUUGGCGUGUUGUAGCUCACUCCACAUCAUCUUCCUGUUCUACCCCCUCAGCUUCUCCAUCCUCCCAACCUGUAUUGGUGGAAAGGGAAGAAUCUCCCAUGAAAGAAAACACUGCUGAGGAAACUGAAAACCAAGUGGCCGAGGUGCCGCCAGCAAGAGGAGGAGUAGCUCAGCCAGCACCCUCCCUCCUUCGUGCUAUUGAUGUACUUAGACCAGCACAAAAGGCCCAACGUAGACGUGAGGAGCGGCGCCUAAAACGGGCACCUCUUGACCGCAGCAACAAAGUCAGGGAAGUGGCCGCUGCAGGCAAUAAGCGUGCCAAGCGAUGUGACCUUAUGGCGCCAGGCAAGUUCUCCCGUGUAGUGAACAACCGCAAGUGCUGAAUGUUAAUGAAUGUGUAUUGCAAGUGUGAAAGGUUUCACUUAAUUUAGAAAUUACAGUAACACAUUUUUUCAUGAUUUUAAGAAGCCUUCUUUGAUCAGUUAAACCAUCAGCUUAGGUACUGAUUGAUAAGCUUUUUUCAGUGAGGUACAUGCAAUUUGAAGGCCACAAUAUAUCAUCAAAAUAAUUAAAAAAAACAAAAUAUCAAUUUACAUUUUUUUUUUUUUGCUUAUCUGUCUUUUUUUUAUAUACCUAUCUAUCUAUCUAUCACUCUAAUGCCCUACUUCUCUAGAUCAUCCCAUUAAAGCUUGAACCACAGACUUUUCUAUAUAACUAAUUAUUUUUAUGAAAACUAGAGCUGUAUUUUAAUAGUACUAGUCUUAAUUUCAACUAACUUUUUUCUAUUCUGUCUGAAUUCCAUGCCUUGCUAUAUUUUUGGCAAGUUAUUUUUAUCUAAAUCAAGCAGUAUCAGAUAGCAUAGCAUGGGCUGAACCUACGUAUGGUAUUUGUACAAAUAUUAUGAGAAUCACAUUUCAUAAAUGCUGCCAAAUAAUCACACCAACAAGUUUUACUGACGAUCUUUAUGAUUCUGAGUCUCCUUGAGUUCAAGAAGCUAAAGUAUAGUAUAGAUGGUGUGGUUUGAGUCAGAGAAAUUUUCCAUGUCAUUGACUGUUUGACAUCUUACAAUAUUAGAAACCAGUGCCCACAUUGUGAUUUUGUAAUUAAGGUGGGCAUGUGAGGGCAUGUCAACUAGAGAAGCUUCAAAGAUAGGCAUCAAUAAGUUCCUCAAACUGUAAGCACUCAUAGAAGUCACAGGAAAAGGGUUCCUGUAUUGUAACCAACACACAACCAUAACAUUGGAUACUGUUUUAUGCAAGAGGAUGAAAACUGGAUAUACACUCAACCCUCAUUUUCCCAGACUAAUAAGGAUAAGCACCUGUCCAGGCAUCACGAAAGUCCAGGAGUCAGAAAUCACUACAAUCCAGGGAAAAUGCAUCUCCUAACUCUAAGGAUGUAUGUACUGUUUGACCUGUCAGUCACACAGUGCUGAGGCGGUGGCUGAGUCGUCAAAGUAACGGCCUCGUGUUCAGGAGGACGCGAGUUCAAUCCCCGCCCGGUGCCACCAAGCUGGGAUUUUUCAGCCGCCGCCGAGUGGCUUAAAACUACCCACAUGCUGUCCAGAAGACCACCUGUCAACCCGGACUCUAGAUUCUAGGAUCAAAGAUGAGCUCUGGGAGGGCAGCAUGAACCAAUGCAAGAUGGCGCCACUAUAAACACUCGCCUGCGCCAGAACGGGCUGGGCCGACCAUCAGGACCUACCGGAAAGAAGCCUUGGACCGACCAUCAGGACCCACCGGAAGAAGCCUACCGGCGCAAUAGGCUGCAAUGUAAAAAAAACAAAAAAAAACAUCUCUAGCAGCCCAGCAAUGCUUCACAACACUGCAUGGCUGAUGGCUCAACUGUACGCAGGGCAGGCUUACUCUGGGUGGGCGGAAGUGCAGCAUGAGUAUUUCAAAUCUUACACCAGUUAGAUAUUCGUAAUUUUUCAGUGAUUUUUCUUGGAAUUUUUUUCAGUCUUUGACCAGCCAUGUUUUUGCCAGAUAUUUGGGGUUUCCACAUUCCCAAGGGCCGGUAGUCGGGGUGUUACUGUAUAGGUAAAGUUAGGAGUACACGCAAUAGCUUUGUGUGGCGCCAGUGCUCAUCUCCAUUCUGUUGGCCCUUUGAGGUUUUGGUGGAGAGAACCCUUAACCCGUGGGCUUCGGCUAUGGGAAAGCUGAGAAGUGGCUGAGAAACGGCAACAUUACACUGCAUUUUGAGACUAAGAAAAGAGCAUGGAACGUACAUCAGAGUACUCCUCUCAUAACCAUAAAGCCAUUAAAAACAUUUACUUAUACUCAAACUCCAUUCUUUUUGGGUGGUGUUUGUUACAAAAUAAACAGUCUCGUGACACAUGGCAUCUAGCCAAGAGUCGCUUGUUGUCUACUUUAGAGAAUUUGACAAGUGAUUACUGUAUGGAUAGCUAAUUCAGUCUGCCAUGACCUUACAGCACCACCUAUGACAAAUAACCCCACCUCAAGAUCACUCACCCACCGCAAUGACCCAGGGCAUGCAUGGUGGGUUGCUGUAUGCCGCCACUGCCUACAAUUAGCUCGAAUUAGGCGUUUUGAGCCGAGCCCCAAACAGGGUCCACCGUUUCAGCGGACCGACUCACGGGAGCCCAAAAAUGGGUCCGCUGACACUGCCGGGCUAACCUGACACGGGGCCAGUGUAACAUCUGGGCUACCACAGUGUAGUUUCCCCAGGUACCCAUUUAUUGAUCACCCCAAAAGAAAGGUGGGCUGUAUGCCAACUGCCCAGGCUCGCAGAUUUAUAGUCAGGGAUGCUAACCACUGCAAACCUCAGGAGGAUACUUGGUGCUGCAGUUUUGGGUAUCUGUAUGUACCAUUGUCGUGUGGUUAACCAAUGAAAAUAUGAAAAUUGAUGUACUAUAUAUGUAUAGGACCAAAAACAUGUUGGUUCUGCCCCCUAUGAAAGGUUCCUGUGGACGCAGAUUUUGUCCGGGAAUUUGAGGGUUGAGUGUAUUCUGUACUUCAGCCAGUGAGCCCUUUGUUCAUUAUUAUUAGUUUGUGCACCAUAACCACCCCAUCACCCCCCCCCCCCUCUCUCUCUCUCACUCUCUCUCUCUCUCUAACUGCAUUUUCUUUUUUCUCCUUUAUUUUUCUUUCCUCCUUUUCUUCACUCAACACAUCAUUUUCUUCCUCCUCCUCCUCCUCCUCCUCUCCUUCUCCUCCCUCCCUCAUCUUCCUUUCCUCCUUUCUUUUUCUCUUCUACUUUCCUUCCUCUCUCUCUCUCUCUCUCUCUCUCUCUCUCUCUCUCGCUCUCUCUCUCUCUCUCUCUCUCUCUCUCUCUCUCUCUCUCUCUCUCUCUCUCUCUCUCUCUCUCUCUCUCUCUCUCUCUCUUGAGUUUAUAUAAUUCCUCAGUUUACAAUGCAGUACAAAAAUGAAAAAAAAAACUAGUAAUCGUUAAUGAAGUUCCAGAUAUCAAACUUUAUUCACAUGUAAUUCAUAUAAAAAUAAAUAAGCUGGCAAUGUUUCCCAGGUCCUAUAUUUUGAGGGGUACAUACUGUAAAUUUAAAAGCUGUUGUAUGCAAUGAAGAAACUGGUCUCUCCAAAAUCAGAUCCCAGAGAAAGAGAUUGACAGAUUAUCACAAAAUGGUGUAGUGGUAAAUACCUUAAUCUUAACCCAGUAGCAGCGGGGAUCAUGUUUCUUAAUGGUCCCUCUAAACGAGAAAAAUGAGAAAAAAUUAUCACACACACAAACCAUUUCAUAAUAUAUAUCAAAGCAUUUGUGAUCAGUUUAUGUAUCGUCUAUUUUGGGGGGUUUAAAUCAUGGCACAAAUUUGGCCUGUCGCUGCUACACGGUAAAGCCACAAAUUUGGCCCGUUGCUGCUACACGGUAAAGCCACAAAUUUGGCCCGUCGCUGCUACACGGUAAAGCCACAAAUUUGGCCCGUCGCUGCUACACGGUAAAGCCACAAAUUUGGCCCGUCGCUGCUACUGGGUUAAAGUCAAUUUCAGACCCAUUGUAUUACAAAAAACUGUAUGAUGGAGGUAUUUAGGAAACUAUUCUAUUCAAACCCAGAGAUCUAAUAAAAAGGUUGUUAUUUAGGCCUUUUUUAUGCAUUUUAAUAACAAAAUCUAAAAAAAUAUAAGCACUGGUACUUCUCAGUUUAUGCAUGUGUAACUGAAGCAUAUUUAGAAUAGGGCAAGGUCAUUAAUAAAGUCACUUUCAUUUCAUUAUGUGGCUUAUUUAGAAAAUGCAAUGUAUGUUGUUUCAAGUUAAGCAUUAACUCAAAAGAAUGCAAAAAAUGUAGCUGGCACCUCCCCAGAAAAAAAAAAAACUCAAGCGCAUGCUUGUAAAAACUCAUUUAAUAUAGGUUUUACAGAAUUUUAAGAUGGUUCUAAUGGUAUAAACAGUUUAUCAAUUAUUCAGUAAUUAGCUUAGAAAUUUUGGAAAACAAUAUGUUGAAUCUUAAAAUUCAUUAGACAAAAAAAAUUCAUUGAACAAAAAUUGUGGAUAUCAGAGGCAAACACAAAAUUGUAAAAUUUGAUGAAAAUUCCAGUUGUCAAGCAGAUGUGGCACAGUAUUUUGGCGGCUUGCACACAUACAAGUAGAUGUGGACUUGAAUGGCUUUGUAACUUUUCACAGCUAUUAGGCCCUGAUUUUGAGGUGAGGGAUAAAUGGGGUCAGUUUGUGGGGUCAGAGUUCCCCCAUGCAUGAGGGCAUGAGUCACAGCUCCACAGUGACCUUUGCCAUGCCGCAGAUCAGCUGACACACGAUACACAGACAUGCUUGUCAUGGCAAAGUCACUAGAUAUAUUCAUGAGUACUUUCCUGAUAACACUUUUAUUGUUCAUUGAUAAUUGUCUCACUAGCCUAUGGAGAAGAGCCCCAUUAGAAGUGAUAGCUCAGAAGAGAAAGGAACCACCAGUCCUCUGUCCAUUACAGCUCGCCCUGUGAGAUAUGCCUGAGUCACAAGGCACAAUAGGAAGGUCACAAGUUUAUAAGGGAAAUAAAAGAAAACGGGCGUCCACAUGCGAGACACUCAUCCUUUUAUGGAACCCAUCAGUAUUUCCCCCUGUGGGUCACUCAUACUUUAGGGGUUAACAGCUAAAGACACUUGUCUGAGUAUCUGGAGCUUGUCAGAGAAGCAUUGGCCAUGAUAGAAGAAUAUAACCCGAGUUUUGAAAGAAGCUCAUGUUUCUUUCGGUGAAGAUGUUAUUCAAAACAUUAUUUUAAAGAGAGCUUUUAGCAGAGUGAAUAUUGAAUAUUGCAGCACUGCUUGGAGAAUAAGGUAAAUACCUUAUCAAUACCUUAUCGAAACAGUCUAGUUCAAAAGGUGUAAAUUACUCUUUUUGUGUUAUUUGUUAAUUAAUGUUCCUCAUCAGAAUUUUAGUAUAGAGGAGUAAGAGAAAUAACCAGAUAGUUUUUAAAGCAACAGUCAUAUUUUACGUGUUAUGUUUCUCACAUACUGUACUAUACCUGUCCUGGUUUUUGUAUUACUCUGAUCUGAUUAAACAUCAUUUAGCCUAUCCAAACAUGGCUAUAAAUCUAAUUAGGUAAGUUCUUUAAUCUAAAAAUAUAUAAAAUUUGGUUUGCAA